AUGAAGUUUGGCAAAAACAUCGGGAGGGUUGUGGAGCUAUCGGACCCGGAGUGGUCGCCAUUCUGGAUCAACUACAAGUUCCUCAAGAAGAAGGUCAAGGCUCUGGAGGUGCCGUCGGGAAAGCCGGAAGUAUCGCCGGCCAAGCGUAGUGACCCACAGGCGAUGGCGAGAUCGGCGGGAGAGGUGGAGUUCUACCGAUUGCUUCGGCAAGAGCUGCGCAAGUGCUCCGAGUUUUUCACCGGCGUGGAGGGCCAGUUGGGGGUGAGACAGGCCAGGGUGAACGAGGGGUGGCGGCAGCUCCUCCUGCCCAACGUGGUGGUGGAGGGCAACCCGAACAAGAGGCUCAUGGCGGCGUGCGUGAAGCUGUACAAGGACCUGCUGCUGCUGGAGAACUUCGCCAUCAUGAACUACUGCGGGUUCAGCAAGAUCCUCAAGAAGCACGACAAGCUCACGGGGUUCAGGACUCGCGAGAGCUUCAUGAAGAACGUCGUGAAGAACGCCCCCUUCGUGCAGUACCCGAAGGUCAUCAAGAUGCUCUCCGCAGUCGAGGCGCUGUUCAAGAACAUCGAGAGCCUGCCUUCGGCGAGUGCCGAGGCGGGCACGAGGGUUCCGCUUCGAGAGGAGCAGCUGUUCAUAGACACGAUGCUGACGAUCAACACCGAGGCCUUCCGCCUGCAGCAGGCGGAAGGGGCGGACAUCGGGGAGGGGGUUGGACAUGGUGGCGGCGGCGGCGGCGCAAGUGGUAUCGAGAGAUUCCGAAGGCGAGGGGGUGCAGGGAGAUUCGGCGCCAGUGGCGGCCUGCGCGGAGACUGCGGCGGCGGCGGCGGCGGCGGCACGAAACGGCGAGGUGGGUGGGGGUGGCGGGGGUAGAGGGCGUAUUCUCGCGAAGGUGCAGCGUCGUUUUUUCGGGCUAGUUGCGUUGAACCAACUCACCGCCAUGAGCCGAAAAUACUACGCUUUCAAUGUCGCGAAAGUGCUGUUCUUGAACCACCCCACUGCCAGAGUUUUGCAAAGUAUUAUUGUCCAUGUGCAUUCCCUGGGGUGGGAGUGUCGGUGGACCUUUCGAGUAGAAAUUUCGGGGUCUUGAUGGUUGCGUUGUUUGUCUCUCCGUGUGGGCGUUGUGGAGGCCCAGCCAGGGGUUCACACUGCUGUGCUGGUGCAUCGUGAUAGGUAAAAACACACGGAAGGCUGUCGCCAUGACAACGCGCGUUGAGGAGCGAAGACGCUUUGUGGUGAAAAGAAAAAAUGGCACGCCAGACCUCUCGUGUGUGCGAUAUGUAUAUGCGCAUGACCCUGCUCGUGGCUGCGAUAUGUGUAUGCGUAGUACGGGGGCGCCACACGCCCAUUUCCAUCCGAAACCCUGUCGGAACACAUGCAUGAAUACCUACCACGCCCCUUUUAUGUGUGCCGCUUUGAUGGCCACUCGCGCUGCUUGCGCGGGGUGUUGAAAAGACGGGGCUCGAAUUGCGUGGCGACGCUCUUUUCCGUGACUCUGCGUGACGUUCUUAGCUUGUGCUGGCCUCUGCUGGGCGGUUUGCGACGGCGCAAUCCUGCCGUCGAAGCGUAUGGCCGCGUGUCAGCUCUUUCCAUGCUCUUAGUGGUGGGGGCGAGGACCGGGGGGGGGUGUUUUUGUUGUGUCAAUGGACAGGGGAUAGGGGAUGGAGAAAUCAGUUCCGCGACUGCUGUAGUGCAUCCGCGUCAUGAGAAGAUGCGGCAGCCUGACGGAUGCCAUUCGUGUGGGCGUUUUCGGAGUGCUACUACUACUCGAUCUCUGCGGUGAUGAUGAUGGGACAUUUAGUGGGGGCGGCGGCGGGCUUUGGGGUUCUCUAGGAAGUGGAACUGCUUGUAGCAAUUCAAGCAAAUCAAUCCAUGGGGCAUUGCGUUUUGUGGAGUGCUGUUGUACUACAGUACUGGUGAUAUCUACGUUGGUGAUGCGACAUUUAGCGGGGGUUGGCAGGCUUCGGGCUUCUUCAGGAAGUGGCACCGUGUAGCAUUUCAAUCCUGUAGCAAUCAAUCAAGCAUUUUUGCGUUUUGUG